AUGACACCCUACAAGGCACUCACCGGUGACAAACCCGACCUGUCGAACCUUCUGGAGUGGGGAUGCAAGGUGUGGGUGCAUGACACAGACAAUGGGAAGCUAGAUGGGCACUUGAAGUUGGGGCGAUGGGUGGGAUUUGACCAGGACAGCACCCAUGCACACCAUAUAUAUCUCCCUGAGAAGCGCACUGUCUCCAUCAAGCGCAACAUCAAAUUUUCACCUGUCUGGUUCAUCACCAUGCCCACAAAUAUCAACAUGCUGUUUGAGGGGGAGAGUGAUGAUGGGAAGUCCAACCUAGAGGAGGAAAGUGUCAACCAGCCUGUCAAUAGCAAUGCCAACACAGAACUCACCACUGCAGAAAGCCCAGCCCCAUCUACUCGCCCAUCUACUCAUCCAUCAACUUCUCCACCUGCAGCUCCCAAACGCCCAAAAUGCACUAUCAAACCAUCAAGCUAUACUGGUGAUGUGAGUGUGAUGGGUGAAGGUGAGGAGGACUAUGAGCUGGGAGGAGUGGAGUUCGCGAUGGGGGCUGCCACUUCAGAUGCCAAAGGAUUGGAUCUGAGGACAUUGGCGGAGGCGCAGGCACGGGCAGAUUGGCAGAUGUGGGAGGAAGCGAUUCAGAAGGAGCUGGAGUCAUUGCAGAAGGCAGGGACAUGGAAGGUUGUCAAGAGGCCGGCUGGGAAGAACAUCAUUGGCUGCAAGUGGGUUUUUUGCAUCAAGAAGGAUGCACACGGUCGCAUUGAGAAAUACAAGGCAUGUCUCGUUGCACGCAGCUUCACCCAAGUCUACAGCGUUGACUACAUGGAAACCUUUGCUCCAGUAGCCAAGAUGGCAAGUCUUCGAACUGUUCUCGCAAUUGCAGCACAGAACGACUGGCCAAUUGAGGUCUUCGACUUCAAUAGCACAUUCUUGAAUGGCAAACUCAACGAGGAGAUUUAUAUGCAGUUGCCUCUGGGGUUUGAAGGAUGCGAUGGGUGA